AUGAGCCAAAAAGACCAGGAAAUGGCCAGCUCACUUGUCGAUUUGAACCAUGUAGCAACCGAUCUGGCUCUUCUCGACGUGUCCUUGGGGUCCAAGACCCUGCAACUCGACCAAUCUCAGCCACCUACUCCAGACGGGACAGGACGUCCAGUCAACUUUCAAGUCAUUGCCCCUGGCCUCUAUCGAUCGAGUUAUCCCCAGUUGGCACAUUUUGAGACCCUUGUCGAACUGGGCCUCAAGACCAUUGUGACCCUGGUUACCGGACCUCCUCCUGUCGAGUAUCACAAAUUCAUGACUUCCCACGGCAUUACUCACUACAUCAUCCCUAUUCUCGCCAACAAGGACCCGGAGGUCUACACCUCAGACGCGGUCGUCUGCAAAGUCGUCGAACUCAUGCUGGAUCCGCAAAACUAUCCCAUGCUCAUCCACUGCAACAAGGGCAAGCACCGAAGCGGUUGCAUCACGGCUGCAUUCCGUAAAGUGACGGGAUGGACCCUGGAGGCUUGUAUCGAGGAGUACGAACGGUAUUCCAAGCCCAAGUCACGUGAUUUGGACAAGGUGUUUAUUGCUCGUUUCGACCCUUCUCCUCUGAAGCAUCUCGCCAUCGAAAGAGGCUACGUCGGCGGCGUCUAUAGACAACCAGUCCGUGACUCGACGAAAUCUUCCAUCUACACCAACAACACCAUGGAGACGGCUUAUACGACUACCGACGACUCUGUCACCGAUCUCCACGAGCGGGUCCCGAGGGAACACGAAACACUUCUGGAACCGGCGAAAAGCCAAGUUUCCUUCUAG